CUCUCUCUCUCUCUCUCUCUCUCUCUCUCACUUGGGAGAUACUCCAAAGAGAGGAGUGCAAGGGGAACUCCCUCUGCAGCGAAGGAACCACCCAAAGCUGCGAUCUUCCGCUACCAGAAUUCGAGGGCGUUUGAUAUCUGUUAGGGUUUCCAAGAUUGGGGUUGGGAGAUGCCGAAGGGAUUGGCAUUUUAUCGGCGCUUGACUGAUCGCUUCCGAUACCUUUUUCGUUGCGUGCUGGAUUGUGCUACAUUUGCUGGCAGAAAGACUGGAUUUUGACGCUGUUUCGGCACACAGUUCUCCAAUGGCACACUAGAUAUCUUUCGCUCAAGCUACAAGGUGGAUGGUGGAGAUUUAUUCCAGAUAUAUGGAGCAAACUUCAUGUUAUGUUGGUCUACAACUAGACACUGUCCUGUCUCUGGAUUAGUGACAUCUAGUACAAUUCCCAAACCCUUAUUUGAAGAGCAACAUAAAAUGCCUGGUGGCCAGGAUGUUGAGCCAUCUUCUCGACAACCUUCACCUUUACAGAUGCCUAAGCCAAGUAGACCAGGACCUAACACACCAAGCAGAUUGCCAAAGUUGGUUCAGGAGGACACACCAAUGCAAAGAACUACUGAGGUCUUAGAAUGUCAAAAAUCAGAUCACGUUCAUAACGGACCUGUCGAACCUUUGUUUGAUGGGAUAUCUGCAAAGACAACCAAACAUUCAGGGACCAGUGACUUUGAUGCAUUCUCUGACAAUCUGAAGCAGUUAAAUAUACAAGAUGGAUCCAUAGAGCUACUUCAGUUGAAUAGGACUAUAAGCUUGGAAGCAAUUAGGGGUACAGAAAAGGAAAACUCAGAGAAGGGAAAUAUGAAAUAUAACUCAGUUUCUGCUGAACUUAGUGAGGGCACCAACAGUUUUACAAGGACUAGCGGAAGUGCUAAGGUUAAUAGCCAGGUUGAGAGUGGAAAGAAUAGUACUUGCAGGGCCAGUGCAAGUAGUGAUGUCAGUGAUGAAAGCAGUGGUAGCAACAUAAGCAGCACCAUUAACAAGCCUCACAAAGCAAACGACUCAAGAUGGGAAGCAAUUCAGGUGAUCCGUGCUAGAGAUGGGGUUCUUGGUUUAGGCCAUUUCAGACUGCUUAAGAGAUUGGGCUCUGGAGAUAUAGGCACUGUUUACUUGUCAGAGUUGGCUGGGACGAAAUGCUAUUUUGCUAUGAAGGUGAUGGACAAAAUAUCUCUAGCUAGUCGUAGAAAACUUCUUAGAGCUCAGAUGGAAAGGGAGAUAUUGCAAUGCCUUGAUCACCCAUUUCUUCCAACGUUAUAUACCCACUUUGAGUCAGAAAAAUUCUCUUGUUUGGUGAUGGAAUAUUGUCCUGGAGGAGAUCUGCACACCCUUCGGCAGAGGCAACCUGGAAAAUAUUUUUCAGAACAAGCAGUCAAGUUCUACAUAGCAGAGGUCCUCCUUGCUUUGGAAUACCUACAUAUGCUUGGCAUCAUCUAUCGUGACCUGAAGCCAGAGAAUGUCCUCGUUCGAGAAGAUGGUCACAUCAUGCUUUCAGACUUUGACCUCUCCCUUCGCUGUACUGUCAGUCCCACCCUUAUUAAGUCUUCCAAUCCUGACUCUGAUUCCUUUAGAAGAAACAACCCUGCCUACUGUGUCCAACCUGCUUGCGUUGAACCAUCCUGCAUCCAGCCUUCCUGUGUGGCCCCAACUACGUGCUUCUCCCCACGACUAUUCUCCUCCAAGUCCAAGAAGGAGCGGAAGCAGAAGCUUGAGAUUGGAAAUCAGAUUAGCCCAUUGCCUGAGCUCAUUGCAGAGCCUACUGAUGCCAGGUCCAUGUCAUUUGUUGGUACUCAUGAAUACUUGGCUCCUGAGAUCAUCAAGGGGGAGGGCCAUGGCAGUGCUGUGGACUGGUGGACCUUUGGUAUCUUCCUGUAUGAGCUUUUAUUUGGAAAGACUCCCUUUAAGGGGUCUGGGAACCGAGCUACACUGUUCAAUGUGAUUGGUCAGCCCUUGAGGUUUCCAGAGUCUCCAGUUGUGAGUUUUGCUGCUAGAGAUCUUAUAAGGGGAUUGCUAGUGAAGGAGCCACAGCACCGGCUUGCUUAUAAGCGUGGCGCUACAGAGAUAAAGCAACACCCAUUCUUUGAGGGUGUCAAUUGGGCCUUGAUUAGAUGUGCAAGCCCUCCUGAGGUCCCGAAACAUGUCUCAAUUGAGAGGUUCAUGGGGACUGUGGCAUCAACAAGCCAGAAGUCCAACGCCACAUCCGGAAAAGCAAGGCCCGAGCACCUCGCACGAUGUCUGGGCAACGCGCUUCACUAAAGCGUCGCCUAGGUGCUUGCUUGAGCCCAGGCGUCAGGCGCCUCGUGCGAGUGCCCGAUCUAAUGCCAGCAAAUCAAACCAAAUUGGGAACUCUGGUUUAAUUGAACAGUAACUUAGUUGGUUCGAUUGAAUCUCAUGUUCUCUCCACCAUCGAGUGAUAGGUCUGAAGUUUCCUCCACCGCCAACAAACACAUCCGAAGCUUCCUCUGCCCUCGACGUUGUCGUCCAUAGCAUCUUCUGCCCUCGACGUUGUCGUCCAUAGCAUCUUCCUCUGCCCUCGACGUUGUCGUCCAUAGCAUCUACAGUUUGAAGCUUCGUCCGUCGUUGCUGCCUUCGUGCGCAACUCCCUCCGUCGUCGAGGGACAGGUCCGAAGCUUCCUUCGUCGUCGAUGGACAUAUCCGAAGCUUACUCUGCCCCCGAUGCUGUCGUUUGCAAGAAGCUGCAAUCUUGGCCCCGAUGGGCAAGUUGAUUUUAUCUUAUGUCAUGAUUUUAUAUUUUAUUUUAUAAUUAGUUGACCUUACUAUUUGAUUUAGUCUUUUCUGUGAAAAAUAAGCAGAAAAGAAGUCCCACAGGUAAAUAAAUAUGAUGGUAUAUAUUGCACGUGGGACUUUCAAAUCUUCAGUUUGAGGCUUAAUUUUGCAGAAGUUAUUAUACCACAAAGCAUCAAUUCUUUUGAACAAUGUCAGAUAUUAAUGAACUCAACUGCUAGACUGUGCAGCCCACAAAGUUGAAUUUCAGAACAAAGCUACAUGCAGGAUUGCCCAAUGGGAUCUGAUAGGGAAAACACUUCAACUCUGAAAAGGAUGCAAUCCACAAAACGUUUUAGGAUGAUUUAUCAACCUAAAUUGCAUUAUCUCAAACAAUAAGGUGAUGUUUUUUGUCGGAACAUAAUUUGAUUAUUGCAUGUCAGGUUGGCUGUUAUAUUGUCAAUUAAUAAUUUAUGUUGCAUCCUUUUUUCUCAUUUAUGUUAAUUGCACUAACUAUGCUUCAAAUUGUAGAUGGAACAUAUAUGAACUACCAAGCAUGUCGUAGUUGUGUAAGAUUGUUUAGCACUUUUCUGAUAAGAGAUAUUUCCAAGAAUACACUACCAAUAUGGAAAUGAUUUGGAGGCAGUAGGAUAUGUUUCUUCUGAAUGGCCAAACAACUCUGUAUUGAGAUCCUAUUUCUUGAUUCCUGGAGUUGGAUAUCAACUUCAUGUUGACAAUAUGAAGCAUUUCUUUUUUUUGCUUUCAAGGAUGAACUGAACUUAGCAGACAGGUUAGACAAUCAUUAAUUAUCCAUGGUACUCCGGUUAUGGAAAAAUUGAUAUGAGGUCUUGCAUAAUUAUAGAAAUACUUUUUAUUAGAAGUCUAAUCCUCUACCAUAGUCCAAGUUUGAGCAUUUCUUAGAAGAGGCCUAUGCCAAAAAUCAAAUGACUAAGUUUAUGUUGUCUGUGCUAAAACUACAUUUGACAGCUUUGGAAGCAGGGAACUACUCGAUGAAGCCAUGGGAGGCUUUUAUCAAGCUGAACAGAUUCCAGGUUCCUGAAGGUGACUUAUCAGCAAACGCACAUUUCAAUUGUAGCAUGAGUCACAGCACAGAGAGAACAAUUUGUGUUUUAUUCAGAUCCAUCAAUCUUUUUUUACUAAUUGGCUAACUUGAACUGUGAAUGAUGGUCAUAAGAUUUCAUGCGCCCUAUUCAGAAUCCCUUCAUCAAUGAACCAAGAUCAUGUUGCAAGUCUCUCUGGCCUGUUACUGAUCAAUUCAUGGGUGAUGGCAUCAAAGCAUGCCACAUGACCUGGCAGAAGUUUCCUGCAUCAUGUCCUGAGGACUGGAUUUUUUUAUGACAGUGAAGAGUGGGUAUACAUGUCAUGUAAGUCUCUUCCAUGCACUGCAACAAAUAUGCUUGGCAGUAGCCUUGUGGAACCCAGAGAGGCACACACAUAGUUUGCCUCCUUCAAGCAUCUGCAUCAUGUAUCAACCAAAAGUUCAAUGUGUUCCAUAAUGUCAUGUUUCCUUGAGACUUGAAAGAAC